AUGCCAUCAAAGGCUUCACCCAUCCGAGUAGGCAUUAUUGGCCUAGGGGUUUCAGAGUCCAAACUUGCUCCUGGUAUUUGGGCAGCCAAAUCACACCUCCCCUACCUCCAAGCCUCUCCAGCCUUUCGCAUCACUGCCGUGGCCAAUUCCUCUGCCAAAUCAGCCCAAAUAUCAAUUGAUAAGUAUAACCUUGGAUCUGAUGUCAAAGCCUACGGUAGUCCCUCCGACAUAGCAGCUGACCCCAAUGUGGACUUCAUCGUUGUCUCUGUGAGGGUCGGAACACAUUACGCUCUCACAAAGCCAGCCCUACUAGCGGGGAAAGACGUAUUUGUCGAGUGGCCCCUCGCAGCUACCUUAUCUCAAGCAGAGGAAGUAACUGCACUCGCCAAGGAUAAGGGUGUCAAGACCAUCGUAGGCGUCCAAGCCCGCGCCAGCCCUCUCGUCAUCAAGCUCCGCUCCAUCCUGAAGAACAACGAAAUAGGCACCAUUCUCUCUUCCACUGUCAAUGCCACAUUCUCUGGUCUUCCACACGACAUGUUUCCCAAUGCAGAGUACUACUUGGACCUCAAUUCCGGCGGCAACUCGUUUUACAUCAACUUCGGGCACUUCUUCGACUCUUUCACGCACGUCCUCGGCCCCUUCUCCUCCCCUCUAAACGCGCUCUUCGACCUCAAGUACCCGCGCACGAAAUUAAUGGAUUUCGACACCAUGACCCAGCACGCCGAGCUCGACCGCACGUCUCCAGACCACGUGUUCGUGCAGGGCAAACUGGCCUCUGGUGCACUAGCUAGCAUCGCAUUUCGCACUCUUCCAGCACCUAACAAGGAAGUCGAGGACCACUUUCUGAAAUGGACGAUCACGGGAACCGAGGGCGAGAUUGUGGUGGUUCAGAAGGAAGGACAUUGGCAGAUGCUUGACAGUGAUGGAUUUGUGGUUCAGAUUAGGAAGGGUAAGGGAGAAGUAGAGACUGUGGAUUUGCGGGCGGGGGUGCAGGAUAGUGAGGCUGUGUUGGCGGUUGGAGCGGAGGAGAGGAAUGUAGGCAGGGUUUACGAGGCGUUUUUGAAGGGGGAGACUGGGGAUUUCGCAACUUUUGAACAGGCGUUGGAGAGCCAGAAGCUUUUGGCGAGGACUAGGGAGGCUGCUGGUAAAUAG